UUUCAAAUAGGUUCCGACAUUUUUCGAGUCUUAGAACUAUUAUCAGAUUAUAGUAAAAACAAAUGGCUAUGCAAGCCAUUCGAAUAGCACUCGUGCAGAUGGCCGUUGGCUCGAACAAACUAGAAAAUGUGAAGAAAGCCUGCAGUCUCAUUAAAAAAGCAGCUGAUGACGGUGCAAAAUUGAUCAGCUUACCAGAAUGUUUCAACUGCCCAUACGGAACGAAAUUUUUCCCAGAAUAUGCCGAAAAUAUUCCCGGACCUUCCACUGGUUCUUUAGCAAAUUCUGCCAAAGAGAAUAAAAUUUAUCUCAUCGGUGGUUCGAUUCCAGAAAAGGAUGGUGAUGGAAAGUUGUAUAAUACCUGUACAGUUUGGAACCCUGAUGGCGAAAUGAUUGCGAAAUAUCGAAAAAUGCAUCUUUUUGAUAUCGAUAUUCCAGGGAAAAUAACUUUUAAAGAAUCGGAAGUUUUAAGUCCUGGAAAUGAUUUUGCUACGUUCGAUGCAUUUUCUAUCAAAAUUGGACUGGGAAUAUGCUACGACAUUAGAUUUGCCGAAAUCGGGCAGGUGUAUCAUAAAUUAGGAUGCCAACUGCUGUUUUAUCCUGGCGCUUUCAACAUGACUACUGGUCCAAUACAUUGGAAAUUAUUGCAACAGGCUCGUGCAGUUGACAAUCAGUUAUAUGUGGCGAGUAUAUCUCCUGCAAGAGAUGAGAACGCAUCAUAUGUUGCAUAUGGCCAUUCGAUGAUAAUCGGACCUUGGGGUGAUUGUGUUGCAAGCGCAGAGGCAGAAGAACAGAUAGUAUAUGCAGAUCUGGAUUUUACAAAAGUUAGUGAAGUACGAAAAAAUAUCCCAACUUCACUGCAAAAAAGGUUUGAUGUGUAUAAAUCUUCAGAAAAGACCACUUAGAGAUGGUCCGUGGAAAAUCUGUAUAUAAUUAAUUGCAUUUCUAGCUUGUAUCUUAGUUUUUGUGCGUGUGAACUUGCCUUUUAUUUACAAUAUACUGCAAUAAUAAUAUCAAAUGUUUGGGUUAAUUUUUGAAACUGUGAUAUAGUAUCCUAAUUUGUUAACUCAUGAAAUCAAAGUGUCAUAUUUAUUUACAACUUUCAUAUUAGGCAUUAUACAUGUUUAAAAGAAUAUUAUGUGUUAAUUAUAAUAAAAUAGAUGUUUCGUACAUGUCCCUAUGCGAGCAUUCACUGAUGACGAUAUUCAAGAAUCUACAAUUUUUGAAAUGACCGGAAUCUUUCCGGUUGGUAUUGGAUUUGAACCCGGUAUGUGUAACCUAUGAUGUCAGCAUAGUUAAUUAAUAAGUCUAACAUUUAGGUAAUGUUUUAGGAUGGUAACAUGACUUGUCUCUGGUUUUCUUCUUUAAACAGAAGCAUACCAACAAUUAUCUUGUCAAAUUAUUAAACUGUGACAUAAUUUAUAAAAAUUUGACAAAUCUAUGAUUUUGGUACACAGGAAACCAAUUUAAUACUGAUAAAUAAAUGUUCUAGUUUCACUUUCAAUUACUUUUGUUUAAUAAAGUUUCUACAGAAUUUUCACUAAUCAGUCAUAUGUUAAGUUUAAGAUUUUAUUUUUUAUUUAAUGGUAUUAUAUUCUUAGGUGACUAGUGUUUUUGAAUUAUGUUCCAUUAAGAAAAUGUGUUGUGAAUUUUGACUUGGUGACAAAUAACAAAUAAAGGUGUUUAGUUUCCCUAAAUUAGAACUAAUCAAAUAUAUUUUAUUUAAAUUAG